AUGCGAGACCUGAUCAGUGGCGAAGCCGAGCUAGACGAUGAUGAAGAAGACGACUCGUACGGAGAGGAGAAUGGCGAGCGCCGCACCUCGAAGGCACGAACAAACGCACUGGAGGACUCGUCGGAAGAAGAAGACGAUGACGACGAUGAAGAAGAAGCUGCCAAGAUUCGCGAGGGCUUCAUCGUUGACGAAGAUGAAGAUGAAGAAGAUGAAGGUGACGAUUCAGAUGCCCGUGAGCGCGUUGUAAAACGUAAAAGGGAACAUCGCGAUCGGGAAGAGGAAGCGCAACUUGACGACGAAGACUUGGAACUGAUAGGAGAACAAGUCGAGCGCAAGAAGCCGUCCGAGCCCAAGUUCAAACGUCUCAAGAGAGGUCAUCGAGAUGAUAGCGAACGUCCUCCCGAGCGUCGCGGGCUCGAGGAUAUGUUUUCCGAUGACGAAGAGGACAGCAACGAACGACCAUACGGGCGGCCGAGCUUCCGAGCACAAGCAGACGAAUUCGACGACUUCAUCGAAGAGGACUUCCCUGAGGACGAGGAGGCACGCAUGCAGCGACUGGAAGAUGCAGAAGUUGCCCGUCCCCGCGAUAAGGGUGUUUCUGGCGUGGUCGACACCACCGGUCUCGACAAGGAUGCCCUGGAAGACUUUGAGGCCAUCUUUGGCAAUGGUGAAGACUACGACUGGGCACUGCAGAUGGAAGAGGAAGAGGGCGAGAGGGAGCGUGAGGAGCAAGUGAUUGAGCUGAAGGACGUUUUCGAGCCCUCGCAACUUACCGAGAAGUUGCUUACGGAUGAAGACAACGAAAUCCGAACUCUCGACGAGCCCGAGAGGUUUCAACUCGACAGAAAGCCCUUCAAGCACCUGCAGCUCACUGCCGAGCAAUUUAAAGAGGAGGCACGUUGGAUCGCGAACCUUCUGUGGCCGAAGAAGAUGCUCCAGGGAGAUCUACUCGGGCCCUUCACCAAGGCGAUUGGCAAGGUUCUUGAGUUCUUUGUGGUUGACGGCGUCGAAGUGCCGUAUGUCUUCCAACACCGCAAGGACUACCUCAUCCAUACGAAGAAGACGCGCAACCCCGCGCAUCGGGACGAUCCCGAUGCCCCGGAGUUCAUCAUCACCGCCGAUAAACUACUGACCCAAGACGACUUGUGGCGCAUCUUGGAGCUCGACAUUAAGUUCCGAUCGUUGAUGGAGAAGCGGAAUGCUUUAGAAAAGACGCUUGAUAACCUCAAAACUGAAAUGGGCGUCAAUGACGACAUCCUUGAGGACAUGAUCACGCAAGCUGCGAAUAUGGAAGAGCUCCAAGACCUACAAGACUAUCUCAACUUCCAGUAUGCCGCGCAGCUGAAAGACCUUGCUUCUAUGAAUGGAAGUGCCAAACAGACCAAGCGGCCCGGCUCCAAAGGCGCACUGUUCGACAAGGUACGAAGGAGUAGGGUUUACGACUUUGUUCGUGCAUAUGGUAUCACGCCAGACCGACUUGCGCGGAACGCACUCAGGGAAGGGCCCAAGGUCUGGGCCGAUGACGACAACGAGUUGCCUGAUAACCUGGCCGAUCAAUAUAUCGACGAGGACUUCCCCACGGGUGACAGCGUAUUGCAAGCCGCCCGUCAGAUGUACGCUGAGGAGCUCUUUGUGAGCCCUCGUAUGCGCAAACAUUUCCGAGCCAACUUCUACGAAAUGGGUGACAUCAGCUGUCGUCGCACUGAAAAGGGCUUGCGGAAGAUUGACGAAUCUCAUCCAUUUUACGAGAUCAAGUACCUUACUCACCAAAGCUUUGGUGAUAUGGCCCGCCAACCACACUUAUUUCUCAAGAUGAUGAAGGCUGAAGAAGACGGGUUGAUUGAGGUCAAGGUCAGUAUGGAGAACGACGAAGGAUUCAAGCGCAACCUCCGACAGGAGUUUGUGUCCGACAACUAUAGCGAGCGCGCAGACAGGUGGAAUGACGAGAGGACCAAGGUUCUUGAGCUUGCGGUUCCCCGUCUCCUUAAGCACGUUGCCAAGGGUGUAAAGGAGUCGGUGCGCACAGCCUGCCAGGACGAAGUGCUCACCACAUGCCGCGAGGAAUACUCAAAGAAGAUCGAUCAAUCACCUUACAAGCCGAAGGGAAUGGUUUUGGGUACUACGCCGCGCGUUCUGACAUUCUCAAACGGCAUGGCUGACCCUGGCCGUGACGCGACAUGUUGGGCCUGGAUGGACGAAGAGGGCCGCUUCGGAGACCAUGGCAGGUUCGAUAACUUGACACGGAAUGAUGCCGCUCGCGAAGAGUUCGUGGAGCUUGUCAAACUGCGGCGUCCAGAUGUCAUUGGUGUCAGUGGUUGGUCGGCAGACACCCAUAAGCUUGUUCGCGAGCUCGAGAACAUCAUCAGCGACAAGGGUUUGAUGGGUCCUGAGUUUGACGACCCUGAGACCGAUGAAUAUCGUGCCGAGCUGCUUGAGGUCAUUGUAGUGAAUGACGAGGUCGCUCGACUAUAUAAAGACAGCCCGCGUGCUGUCGCCGACCACCCAUUACUUGCCCCUCUCACACGGUACUGCAUCGGACUGGCAAGGUACAUGCAGAACCCUCUGAAAGAGUAUGCCGCUCUUGGCAAGGAUAUAACCUCCCUCGCCUUCCACCCCUGUCAGCAGCUGCUACCUCAGGACAAGCUGCUGAAGAACUUGGAGUUUGCCAUGGUUGACAUGGUUAAUCUGUGCGGUGUCGAUAUUAACGAGGCUGUCGGAGAUUCUUACACGGCCAACCUGCUUCCCUACGUUGCUGGUCUUGGUCCCCGUAAGGCAACGAGUGUGCUGAAAGCCAUCAGCGCCAACGGUGGCUACGUCGCUAGUCGAGCCGAGCUCGUUGGAGACAUCGACAGUGGUAAAAUUCCUGUGGUCGGACCCCGAGUAUGGAACAACUGCGCCAGUUUCCUCUUCAUCCACUUCGAAUCAACAAACCCAACUUCUGAUCCCCUCGACAACACACGUGUGCAUCCGGAAGACUAUGAGCUUGGCCGCAAGAUGGCAGCUGAUGCCCUUGAACUCGACGAAGAGGAUGUCAAGGGUGAGACAGAUCAAAAUGGACCCGGAGCCAUCGUGCGCAAGCUCUUUAAAGAUGACGCCCAGGAGAAGGUUAACGAACUCAUUCUGGAGGAGUACGCCCAGCAACUGGAGGACAAGUACAGCCAGAAGAAGCGUGCGACUCUGGAGACUAUUCGUGCGGAGCUCCAGGCACCAUACGAGGAGCUGCGUCGUAACUUUGUCACGCUCGCUGAUAGCGAGAUCUUCACUAUGCUUACGGGCGAGAGCAAAGAGUCUCUCGCAGUGGGCAUGAUCAUCCCCGUGAAUGUCAGGGUUGUGAAAGACGAAUUCGCUAUUGUCAAGCUUGACUGCGGAAUCGAGGGCAGGGUCGAGCCCAACGAACACGACAGGAAUACCGGCAUGGGCAUCAAGGGCGUCAUUUCGGUCGGACAGACAGUACAAGCGAAGCUUGUGUCGGUUGAGUACAAGAACUUUCUGGCUAAGCUCUCUAUUGACGAGAGGGACAUAAAAAACGGCUAUCGGAAACACAUGUAUCAUCCCCACGGUACAUGGGAUGAGCGACUGGAGGCCGAUGACAAGGAGGAACUCCGUGAAAAAGACAAGAGCACUGGGCGAACCCAAAGGGUCAUCAACCAUAUGCUGUUCAAGCCUUUCAAUGGCAUGGAGGCGGAGCAGUGGCUCGGCACCCAACCCAACGGCGAGAAGGUUAUUCGCCCCUCGUCUAAGGGUAACGACCACCUUGCUAUUACGUGGAAGGUUGCCGACGGCGUAUUCCAGCACGUGGACGUCCUCGAGCUGCAGAAGCCCAACGAUUUCUCCCUCGGCCAGCUGCUUCGUGUUGGCAAGAUGACGUACAAAGAUCUUGACGAGCUGAUUCACGGCUACAUCGAAGGCAUGGUCAAGAAGGUUGACGAGAUGAUGCAACACGACAAGUUCGACAAGCGCUCAAGGGCAGACGUUGAAAAGUGGCUCACCACUUAUAUCGACGCCAACCCUACGCGCUCUGCUUAUGCCUUCUGCAUCAACCCUAAGCAUCCAGGAUACUUCUGGCUUUGCUUCAAGGCGAACAAAUCUUCGCGGGUGAAUGCCAUGCCGGUCAAGGUCCACCACGAGGGAUACGAACUCCUGAAGAACCAGUAUCCGGACAUGAGAGGUCUCUGCAACGGUUUCAAGAUUCUGUACUCCAACGAGAUGCAGAGGCUCCAGAAACAGCAGCAGCGGUAGAGCGGCUCUGCUACCAUCGCGAAUAGCGAUCAUGCUCACGUUGACGCUAUCUUGCCUGAUCUGCCGCCCAAGCAGCCAACAAGAGCGGCGCUCAAGUCGCAGAAGGAGGAGUUUAUAGAGGAAAGAUGGAAGCCAUGAGUUAGGUAGGGGACUGCAUGGGACGCGGGUGACUAGAAGCUCGCCCUGUUCACUCAGUCGCCGAGAUGAUUCAGCCGGUUGGGGUAAGGGGCUUUGUUUGAGACAUUGUUGUAACACUACGCACGAAAAGCAAGAUGAACUGCUUUAGCUCGGCCUACCUGGUUGGCUGAUACACAUAAAUCGAUGAACUGCUCACUGAACUCGCUGCC